GUGAAAAUUGAUGCUGGCAACACUGCUCCAUUCUGCACACAGUCGCCAUUGGUGCGCGGCGCGAAUCGAAUGUGCUGUUUGAUAACAAACAUCGACAAUGCCCAAGUGUGCGUUCAGCUGCUGCGGCAACCGAAGCGGCGGCGCUAACCCGAAGCCGGGACUCGUCUUCUACCCAUUUCAUACAGUUCCACUACCAGUGCGCGAGCAAUGGGUUAAAAUAGUGGCCAGGGAGAGGUGCAAUCCCAAUUAUAAGCCGAGGAUAAAUAGCGCUAUUUGCUCUGAGCAUUUUGAGGGUUACGAAAAAAGUUCUGCUAUGAGCCUUUAUAGUACAGCUAUACCGACCAUAAACAUUGGUCCCUAUGACGAUACUAUCAUUAUUGAGGAAGAGUGCAUCGGCAAAGAUGCCGAUCUCGUAUGUAUAAUAGAAAAUCAAAUACCACAUUCAUCAGAACAACCAAAGGUUCCACAAAGGAACAUUUAUCAAGAUGACGAUAUUGUUUGUGUGAUUGAAAACCAAAUUCGCACAGAACCAAAGCCGGAAUCCACUAGCGAGCAGGCCAUAGAUAUUGAAGACCAACUGCAAUGGAGUUUGGUCGGAACAAGCAAACAUUUCGACGGUUUGCUAAAUUUGAAAGGCCCACAUAUUCAACCACCACAACAACAAACUUCUUCAGUAGAACAGGAAAGUUAUUUGGACGACGAUGUAAUUAUAGUAGAACACGAAGACAGUGAGACUGAAAGUGAAAAUGAAUUUAAAGAUCAGUCUUCACAACCCCUUAAAAGACCAAGAAAAGUGGAAACCAAAAAAAUAAUAGAAGAAGGGAUUGAACACGAAAACAACAAGGCCAAAAGUGAGACUGAAAAAGAAUUUAAUGAUCAGUAUUCACAAUUUCUUAGGACUUACGAUAAGAAUUUAUACAAUAACAAGCUGAGAAAUACGCGAACCAGUUGGGAUCGAGAUAAAGAUGGACAUAAACUUAGAGAAGCUCUAAUGAAGCCACAAAACUUCACAAUCUCAACGCAAGCUUCAAUAGCAGGGCCAGAACAAUUUGAAACCACAACGAGACAAUCUAAACGACGAUCUCCGAAUAAAUUCGCCACAACAAAACCAAUGCUACCAGCCCAGGAACAAUUAAAAACUACGACGCACCAAUCAAUACCAACAGCUCCGAAUCAAUUUGUAACAACACAACAACCUAUACCAAUGCAAUAUCAACCUACAAAAGCAGCUCUGAAGCAAUUUAAAACUAUAUCGCAACAAUCCAUGGCAACUGCUCCGGAACAAUUUACAGCUAUAACGCAUCAACUUAUACCAACAGAUCCCAAACAAUUCGUAGCAACGACCCAACAACCUAUACCAGUACAAUUAAUAAAAACGUCACAAUUGCCAACACCACAAUUUACAACAACGUCACAAUUGGCAACAACACCACACAUUGCAACAACGCCACAGAUCGCGACACCAGUAUUUGCAACAUCAUCACCUCUAAUGGUGUAUGAUGCAGCAUCGACAAUAAACGGAACCACACAACUAGUUACGUUAGUGCCGUCAAACUUUUCUGUUGGCGGUGUGCGACUUUCGAGCGUAGUUCUAAACGAGAACAAUACUAAAACAUAUUAUUUAAGUAAUGUUUUACCUUCCUCUACGAGACUACUGUUUGAAAGUGAUCCUAUUGGUGAAGGAGUAGUGACACAACAGUGUUUGGCUUUAAAUGAUAAUAGUACAACAAACUUUUUAAUUAAAAGUGAGCAAGACAGUGAACAAUUCCAACCAGUUAUCGUUAAAACUGAAAAUGUUAGUGACUAGUAGAUAAAUGUUAUGUUUAAGUAAAUUAUAUUUGAAUCUGUUGAUCAUUCUGAGCACGGCUGCUGAAAAAGAUAGACAAGAAGCUAAUCACUCUAGCCCUAUUAAUAAUUGUGGCAAAUUCCUUUUUUUAUUAUUUCAUUACUAGCCUUUAACUGCGAUGUCACGUGGUGAUAGAUGAUGAUGCAGUCUGAACUGAUAGCGGCAACCCAUAAUUUUUAAUACCCUUUAUCGGUUUCUACGCGGCAUCACACCGAAACGCUAAAACGCUUGGUGGCAUGGCUUUACCGGUACCUGUACCUGGGGACCUGUUGUCUUUUAAUAUGAUACUAAGAAAAGUUAAACAAAUACCUACAGUGGUUGGCUCCCUUUUAAACAAACAAGCCGAUAAUGAGACUGAUAACAGUGUAGUCAAACCGGCCGGUUAAGGGCUAAAAGCCAUAAAAGUUAAUUAAGUAAAAUAUUCCAAAAAACUAUAACUUGGUACGAGUACGUACACAUUCAAUGGCGAUUGAAAUAAUUUUUGUUUUUAUGCGAGAAGUUCACUUAUAUU